UACGGGAUAGUUCUAGAAACGUGGCGUCACACCAGUCAUGUGACUCGCUGACGCAACAAUACUUAAAAAACGUGGAUAAAUUUUAACGCUUAUGUUAGCUAUGUGUUUCUCAUGAACUCAAAGUUUUGUAAUAUUUUGAUGGUCAAACGUUGGAUAACCGAAGGGCCAAGACGCGGCUGUUCUGACCUUGAGCCCAUAAACAGUUAAUUUUUGCUUCUGGCACAAUGGCGGUUGCGUUCGCUAGGUGUACUUCCACUACUAGCAAACUGUUUUUACGAUGGUGUAAUUUAUCAAAGUCACGUACACUAUUUUUAUACAAAGCUUUCCCAAAACAACACGUUAACCCUCCCACCACUGCGUGUGUGUCUACUUGUUGCACAAGGGACAGAGUUGUGUGUACUUUAUCAUCUCCACCUGAAUUCAGCAAUGACGAAAUCUUCGUGACCCCUUGCAGCUUACUCAUAAAGAGGAGAUAUUGUACAUCAAUAAAGGGUCGUGACAUUACAUUUGAAGACCUUGAAGCUUUGGUCCAUGGUGGAGAUAUACAGCUAAUUGAUGUCAGAGAACCAAAAGAAAUUGAGGAAUAUGGAACUAUUCCCAACUCAAUUAACAUUCCAUUGGGUCAGGUGAAGGAUGCUUUACUGAUGUCAGAAGAUGUUUUUGAAAACAAGUACAGAGUUGCCAAACCACAUCAGUUUGAUGCAAACAUAGUCUUCUUUGGUCUUGGACCUAUCAAAGCAAGGGCAGCUCUACACCUUGCAGAUAAAUUUGGCUUCAACAGAGCUCGUACAUAUAGUGGAGGAUGGGAAGACUUCACCAAAAAAACUGGACAGCCUUUGAAGAGAACUUGAAAAUUUUGUAUUUUAGAAUAUUAUAGGGAUUACAUAAGAGAUUACAGCAAAUUCAUGCAAAUUUUAAAAAAAUACGUGAAAAGCUAAUUUUUUUAUUCUUGAAUUUAUUGGACUUUAAUACUUGUAUUCAUUUUUAUCAUCACCAUUGUCUAAAAAAAGUAAAAUAGAUUAGUUAAUCAGGUAAUAUAGUGCCAAAGUACAUCAUAUGUAAAAGUUUUUUUUUUCAUAAUCCAAUCAUUAUGUCAGAGUAACUAUUUUGAAUUUAUGUCUAAUUAGAAUCAAUACAAAAAAUCAAACUAGCAAUAAUCUACAGAAUGUAUUUUUUUAUAGAAAAAAAUUAAACAUUGCCUUGGAAUAUUGAGAUUAUUUUUAAGAAAGGAGUUAAUAAACUGUGCAUAGCAUAA